UUCCCAGCAGAGACAUGGUCCUCCCUCUCAGAGACAUGGUCCUCCCUCUCAGAGACAUGGUCCUCGUCCAAUCACAAGUGCUGCGUCAGAAGCUGUGAGGUUCUUGCGAGGUUCUUUGAUCCAAGCAUUCAUCAGUCACGUGACUCUGUCAACAACAGCAAUGGCUCUGGUGCACUACCCAGCCGAGGGCGUCCCAUUGAAGGACGACAAGAAGUAUAGUCAGUUUGAAGGCCAGCCUGGAGCACCUGGAGCACCUGGAGCACCUGGAGCACCUGGAGCACCUGUGGCCAUGGAGUGCACCACGGUGACCAUAACCACGGAGCCUCGAGACCACGUCGUCUGGUCCCUCGCCAAUUUUUUCUACGCAAACUUCUGUUGCCUGGGACUGGCAGCUUUAAUCUGCUCCAUCAAGGCCCGAGACAGGAAGAGACAUGGAGACAUGGCUGGUGCUCGACGCCACGGCUCCACUGCCUUCAUCCUCAACACCGUGAUCGCAGUCCUGAUCGGUGUCCUGAUCAUCGUUGCUAUUGUCACCUCCAUCUAUAAACCAGAAUAUUCUUUUUUUGUUAUGGGAUACCUGACGCGCAGACUGUAAACCAGUGGCGUUUUCUCUGCUUCGUCACUUUUUUAACUUUUUUUUUUUACUGACGUGUGACGAAAGCAUGAAAUCAAAUAUGUUUGACGUGUCAAUAAAAGCGUCUUUUUCACAAACAGUGA